AUGCAAGCAUCAAAUUGUUCUGUAAUUGAAGGCACAGCUAGUAAUAUAGAUGAACAAAUGAAUCAACUAAUUUCUAUUCAUGGGCCUGAUGCAUAUCAAGCUAUUGACAAAUUUGUGGAAUUAAUAGAGGAAUUUAUUGAAAAUAAUACUGGUGUUGAUAUUAAUAAGCAAAUGAUAAUUGAUGUUACUAGGAUUGAAAACCUGAAAAAAUUGAAGCACAAAAGAUUCUAA